AUGACUUCCAGCAAGAUCACAAUACUCAGGACCGUGCACCAGGUGAGACAAUGGAGAGCUCAGUUCUUUUUGAAUAAUCAGUCAGUUGGGUUUGUUCCCACUAUGGGUGCAUUACAUGCGGGUCAUUGUUCUUUGGUAUCCCAGUCACUACAAGAAAAUGACAAGACUAUUGUCUCAAUAUUUGUCAAUCCUUCCCAGUUUGGUCCCACGGAGGACUUGGAUAAGUACCCUAGAAGUUUAGAUCGCGAUUUGGAGAUCUUGGAAGCUCAAUUUAAGAGCAAACCGGUCGAUGCGGUUUUUGUACCAAAAGUUACCGAGAUGUACCCUAGUGGUAUCACACUAGACAUCGAAAAUCAACGUGGUACUUUUGUAACUGUCCAUGGUUCAAGCGAGCAACUUGAAGGAGUUACCAGACCACAAUUUUUUAGAGGAGUUGCCACUGUCGUCACCAAAUUGUUGAACAUUGUCCAACCUACUAGAAUUUAUUUUGGUCAAAAGGACGCUCAGCAAUGUGUGGUCAUCAAAAACUUGGUAAAGGAUUUGCACAUUCCAACCGAAGUGAGAGUGUUGCCAACCUCCAGAGAGAGUAAUGGUUUAGCAAUGUCGUCAAGGAAUGAGUAUUUAUCUAAGGAGAUGAAAGAUCGAAGCUCGGUCAUCUACAACGCUUUAAAGAAUGGUGAAGCCUUUUACAAUGAGAGAAAAGAAAAAGAAGAGGAAGUUAAAGCAAGUGGCAUUCUUGCCGAAAUCAGGAAAGUCAUUGAACAGGACCCAGAUUUUGAUAUUGAGUACAUUGCCGUCAGCCAUCCUGAACUUUUGACCGACCUUCAAACAGUGAAGCCUGGUAUGGGCGCAAUCGUUUCAUGUGCGGUUAAAGUUCCAAAAGAAAAUAGCGGCGAAAAGGCAAGAUUGAUUGAUAAUAUUGUUUUGCAAUAG